AUUGCCAUAAAUCAGUGUGCAUUAAUUGAAAAAGAAAAGUUGAAACACAAUUUGACGAAGAAAAAGGUAGGCGAACAUGUUUGCCUAGUUGACAUGCAUGACAUAAAAAUUCUAAUUUUGAUCUAGGAAAGCUAGCUAAAGAAGACGACACGCCAUGGAGAACAGCAGGGCUGGUGUGUCCAAGCCGACGAUGCCAGGUGGGGAGAUCGACUUGGGCCAGAUGGAGAUAGGCAUUGGACGGCGCUUGCGAGAUAGGGUAAAGAGGUCCGUCACUAUUGGAUCGAUGAAUCAUGGCUCCCAUCAAUUUGUCCUUUACAGAGAAACCACAAGAGUCAAAUUCAACACUGCAAUUAUUAUCACGAGCAAAGUGACGGACAGAAAUGAGAUUAUUGAAGAGAAUCUCAAGUUGACUGAAGGUCGGAAAAGUCAACUAAAUGAGAUCACUCAACUUAAAGCUGAAAAUGAAUCUCUCUCUGAAAAGGUGAAAUCCCUUAAUAAAGAGCUAGGGAUACUUAAGUCCAAAGAAGCAGUGGACAAGCUUCUUGAAACGACCAAACAUAAGGGUCGUGAAGGACUUGGGUUUGACCCCUCCAGUUCCAAAAGGAAAGGGAGAACAACUUUCAUCCCUCCUAAACCUACUGCAAAACCAAAUAAGCAGAAAGGAAAGGAAAAGGAGAAACCAACAGAAGUUCCCAAAAAGGAAGCCGCUAAGUACCCAGGUGUCUGGUACUUAGACAGUGGCUGUUCAAGACACAUGACGGGUGAUGCGAGCCUUUUGAGCAAUCUAAUUCCCUAUGAUGGUCCAAGAGUUACUUUUGGAGGAAGCAAUGAUUUCGGCCUCACUAAAGGGCUAGGAAAUCUGGUGUACAAGGGACUAACCAUCCAAGCUGUAUCUUAUGUAGAAGGUCUCAACUAUAACCUUCUUAGCAUAAGUCAGUUUUGUGAUAAAGGUUACUCCCUGGAAUUCUGCAAGGACAUGGCAUCUCUCAAAAACAUCUCCACAAAUGAAGUCAUUCUCACUGGGAAGAGAAUCAAGAACAUCUAUGAAGUAAUGUGGGACAAUGUCAAGGAAGCAUGUCUAAUCAGCAAAGGAUGUGGAGACUGGUUACCACCCUUAGUGAAACCAGUUGACCAAGAAGUUUCAGCUUCCAACUCUUUUCUUAGUUGGGAAAAUGAAUCUAUCAAGAAGCCCAAAGCUGUUGAAAGAGAAUUUGCAUUGCUUUGUACUGGUCCAAGUUUAGAUUUGGAUGAGCACUCAUGUUCUAAGUGUUUGUUUGCAAUGGACACCGAGUCACUUACUUCUGAGUUCGGUUUACAUGCUCUCAGUAGUUCAAUCCCUGCCCUUCGUGCAGAUCAGAGUUUAACAGGAUUGGAUAAGGAAGACGACACUCUCCUCUUUAAAGAACACUGGGAGGGAGCAGAGGCAGACAUGGGAAUCAUAACUCCUAGUUCCUCUAAAAUGUCAUUGCAGCUUCCAAAAUUAGCUAAGGGUAAGGCAACCUACUCACCUUCUCAUAUGGUUACCAGAAGUAGAGCUAAGAUGAUAGCAGCAGGAAGGAAAGAGCACCCCAUUAAGGGAGUUGACACAUCUGAUGAGGAAAGAGAAUCUUUCGUAGAAGGCAUCCGCUCCGCUUUCAAGAGGAGCUGUCCGUCAAUCAAAACGACGGAUAUCCAAACCUGCACUCCAACCCCGAAAUGCCAAGUGAAGCUUAGCAAAAAACAGAAAAAGAAGGCAAAGAUGAAACUCAAACAGGCUCGGGCUGAGGAGAUAGCACACUUAGCCGUCAAUGGGAAGAAUUCACUUGAUACUGAGAAUUUUGAGGAGUUUGAGGAUGAUUUGGAUAACUUGGAGUUCUUCUAACUCUUUUCUCCUUUUUCAUAUUUUCCUCGCCCAUUAGGGGCAGAAUAUCAGGACUUUAUUUUAUUUUUUUAGCUUUGUUGGGCCUUGUUUGGGUUUAGCCCACCCUAUCCCUUUGUACUAUUUAUUUCAUCUUUAAUUUAAUAAGAUAGAGCGUACCUG